AUGGCUCCAGUUGUACAUGAGAUCGACCCAGACGCGGAUACAGUCAUAAUCUUACGAUCACCGGGUGAUGGUGAAUACUUCGCUUGGUGGGAUGAUUCACCGUUCGACAACCUUGACAUACUUGAUCAACUCCCUUUCAGCAUGAAAGAAUGGGACACAAAGAUGUCGAUCUCGGACGAUAUCGAAGUUCACCAGCCGCCUGCGAGGGCAUUCAUCACGAAGGAGUCGGAUUGGGUAAUCCUUAAUGUUCCUGAGGGAUCUGUCCUUUAUCUUGUCUCGUCACGCCAUCUCGAACUGGCGUCACCGGUCUUCAAAGCAGCGCUCUCACCUAAUAGACUGCGAGAGACACUAAGGCGAACUAUCGGUGGGCAAAGACGUUCAAGCAGAUAUCCCUACCUUAAGAUCACUGUAGCAGCACUCGAGAGGGUCCUUCUUAACUACUCUCAGGAGCAAGUGGAGGCUAUACUCGAACUCGAAGCUACUCGUAUCGAGUGGUUCCGCGCAAACGGCUUCGAGCUCUGCUAG